AGGUAUUCAGAGCACGCUAUUAUCCCGGUGGGACUUUUCGGACCGCCAAGAUUGGUCAUAAUCCUUCUUUCAUAUGGCAGAGUAUUUUCCAAGCUCACAAUGUAAUUAAAAAGGGGUAUUAUUGGAGGGUGGGGGAUGGAAAGUCCAUUAAUAUUUGGACUGACCCGUGGUUGCCUGACCCGGUCCAAUCCAAGGUUAUUUCCAGUUCGGUUGAAGGUCUGCAGGAGGCGAAUGUGGCUAGUCUGCUUCAUGUGUUGGGGAAGGAGUGGGACACAGAUAUCUUAAACGACCUUUUUGUGGAGAGGGACAUUAACCUUAUUCGAAGCAUCCCUGUUAGCUAUAAACAAACUGCAGAUAUGAUGUGUUGGAAAUGGGAGUCUAGCGGCCGUUUUUCAGUUCGAAGCUGCUAUAGGCAGCUUGUUGGGGAGAUUGAAGAGGUAAACUGGUGUGGUUGGACCUCGGUAUGGAAGUGGAGGCUGCCACCAAAGAUUAAACAUUUUUUCUGGCAACUGAUGUGCGGGCUUCUCCCAACGAGGCUAAAUUUAAAGUCCCGGAGGGUGGAGUGUGCAACAGUGUGUGGGCUGUGUGGAAGAGAUGAUGAAUCGGAGCUCCAUUUAUUUGUGUUGUGUCCGGUGGUCAAAGAUGCGUGGUCUGGAGUGAAGUGGACUUGGAGGAAUACUGGUGGGACUGAUUUUUUUUGGGAUGGUGAGGGCUGAAUUUCAGAGACGUUCGAUUGAGGAGCUACAGAUUUUGGUGUGGGGCUGCUGGGGGAUUUGGGGCGAGAGAAAUCGUAGGGUCUGGAAUGGGGCUGUCUUGGCUUCAAACCAAAUUCUUCUGCAAACUAAAUUUUAUGUUGCAGGUUGGGAUUUGGCUCAGCUGCGGGAGAGUUCUGCGGCAGGCUUAGGGAGGAUGGAGAGGACGCAUUGGACAAAACCAGAAGCUGGCAGAGUUAAAUUGAAUGUUGAUGCGGCUGUUCGGGCUGAUAGGUGUGGGCUGGGAUGGGUCCUUCGAAAUGAGAACGGGGACUUUUUAGCCUGUGCAGCCAAGGUGUGGCAAGGGCGUCUUUCCCCUUGGGAGGCUGAAUUAAUCGGGAUUAGAGAGGCUUUGAGUUGGGUCUUGGAAUGCGGUUGGAACUGUGUCGAUGUGGAGACUGAUGCGACGAGAGCGAUGGCGGAGAUUCAAAAUGGGUCAAGCAUUUCUGCGGCAGGUGUGGUUGCUGAAGAUGUUCGAGAUAUCUGUACAAGGAUUUCUGAGGUGUCCUUUGGUCAUAUUAGGCGAUCUGCGAACAAGGUGGCCCAUGGGUUAGCCCAGACUGCGUGUUCUAUGU